AAACUGCAGCCUCGUGCCUCGGUGGCUGUGUUUCAGCCAAUCAGCUUGCGCGAAUGUCACACCAGGUUAAUUAGUAAAGAGCCAAGUCAUCCCACAAACAACAGGUGUGUUCGACUGGACCGCUCGGUGAAUGACAUCAAAGUACCGCGAGAGCGAGUCGAAAGCAUAUGGAGCUAUGAUCGCUCUCGCGGUACUUUGAUGUCAUUCACAGAUACACACCUAACAACUGCUCCACAGCUCAGGUGUGAGAGGAGGAGCUCUGAUGAGAGGAUAAAUACUGCUGUCAUCACAUCAGAGCUCGAGAACGCAUUCAUCAUGGACUUCGAUCUGAACUCAGCUGUUGGAGGAGAUGAGGUGAAGAAGCAGGAGGGACAAGAGGUGGAGGGAAUCUUUGGGUUUGGAAAGAAGGAUAAAGACAAAGAAGAAAAGGACAAAGAGUGCAAGGACAAGGAUAAGAGUGAUUGCAAAGAAAAGGAGAAGGAGAAAGAGAAAGAGAAAGACAAGGACAAGUGCAAAGACAAAGAUAAAGACAAGUGCAAAGACAAAGAUAAAGACAAGUGCAAAGACAAGGACAAGAAGAAGGAUAAAGAACACAAAAAGGGACAUGGACAUGGUCAUGGACACGGUCACGGACAUGGACACGGACACGGACACGGUCGAGGCCGCAGGUCAUCGUCUUCAUCCAGUGAUGAGGACUGAAGCUGAAGACUGAUGACAGAAGGCGGACCGGGGCUAGUUGUCACAUGGGGAGGAUGUCCCUGUAAAGGUUUUGAGACACUAAAUAGUCUGUAAUACAUUUUACAUAUUAUAUUGUUGAAAAUGGAUUGAUUUUCUGUAUUUAUGUCAUGUGUUUUCUUAUAUCAGUGUCAGUACAGAGCGUGUUCUCAUUGUGACUUAUCCCACAGAAUGUGACAACAUGCCCCGCCAGUGGUCACCAUGUAACUUUUUUUUUUUUGGUAGUAAAAAAGGUUUUUGACAAUAAAAAAGUGACAUACUCACCAUGAGAAAUA